AUGGGGAUUUGUGGCUGUUUUUUGGUGGUGCCGGGGAAAUGCCUCGUCCUCCUCGGACUUAAAUUGUUAUUCCUUGUACCUGCAGGAGUUCCAGCCAGGAGCGGGGAUUCUGUAUUAAAGGACAACAUCACCGUGAGGCAGGGGGACAGCGCCGUCUUAAAAUGCAACGUUGACAGCAAAGUAUCGCGAGUGGCGUGGCUCAAUCGCACCACCAUCCUCUUCGCAGGGACUGAGAAGUGGUCUCUGGACCCCCGCGUCAUCCUGAUGGAAAACACAGCAGUCACAGAGUACAGCAUCAAGAUCCAAAACGUUGACGUCCACGACGAAGGGCCCUACGUCUGCUCCAUCCUCACAAACAAGAAGCCAAAGUCUACAAAAGUGCAUCUCAUCGUUCAAGUACCCGCCAGGAUCACUAACAUAUCGAAGAACGUCACAGUGAAUGAGGGCAGCAACGUCAAUCUCAUGUGUCUGGCAGUCGGUCGACCUGAGGCCAACGUCAUAUGGAAGCAUCAUUCACCAAGAGGCACUCAUAAGUUUGUGAUGGAGGGGGAACAUCUUGUGCUGACAGCCAUCACCAAAGAGCAGUCAGGAUCCUAUGAAUGCAUUGCUUCUAAUGACAUUUCAAGCCCUGACGUCAGGACGGUGCAAGUCACAGUCAACUAUCCUCCCUUCAUUUCCAAAGCGAGGAGUACGGGUACUCCAGUUGGACAAAAAGGAAUCCUGCAAUGCGAAGCCUCUGCCGUCCCCAGGGCAGAUUUUGAGUGGUACAAAGAAGACCGCAGGCUCUUCAACGGACCAAACGGGGUUAAGAUAGAGAAUCAAGGUAAACAGUCGAUGCUCGUCUUUUUCAACGUCUCGGAAGAAGACUAUGGAAACUACACUUGCGUCGCCGUGAACACCAUGGGAAUCACUAACGCCAGCAUAAUCCUUUAUGGUCCUGGUGCGAUGCACGAUGUGAACGGGGCCGCCGUGUGGCCCCGCCCCUCCGUAUGCCUCCUGCUGACCGUGACCUCACUCUACCUGCUAAAGUUCUGAUGUGAAAUGUGAUGACCCUCAAGCUUCUCUCAGCAUUGAGCAGCAAGAACAGACUAUUAGUCCUAUUUA